GGGGCAGGCAAGAAGUGAGAGGACAUGUUGUGUAUCCUUCAUCAUUUUUCCUCACCGAGAGGAGAUGCGUGACUCUAAUGAGUGCCAGCAUGGCCAAAAGGGACCCCGUGGCCACUUUUGGGUCACGUAGCCAAGGGCACAACCUCUGGUGUCCAAAUGGAAGGCGGUGAUGGACUCUACUCGGACGCACAGUUGUGAAACACUAUGAUGGGUCUUUGGGCGCCGCAGUGAGAGCCAUGGAUCACUUUUCCCGGAGAAAGCGGAUCGGUCUGCUGAAGCCCCUGCUGAGUCUGUCUCUAGUCUUCGCCUCUUUUCUCAUGAUCCACAAGCUGAAGCUGGCAGAGAAGGACGGAGUGGGAGUUAAACACAUAAGAGAUGCCAACUGGUGCGGCCCCGAGUGUUUUUCUUUUAAAAAGGGAGUCGGGAAAACGAGUUUGGGGAGUUCAGACACUCCAGUGCUUAGCACGGAUGCGCAGCGGGUCUCCAACGGGACUCCAGCUACCUGGGACGCGCAGGUUCUCAACUGCAGCGAGGACGCGUCAGUGAGGACGCAGGACUGGUUCCGGCGCUUGGACCCGAGAUUUCACCAGUUUGUUCUGCACAGACACUGCAGGUACUUCCCCAUGCUCAUCAACCACCCGGAGAAGUGCGCGGAUGGAGAGGUGCACCUCCUCAUGGUGGUCAAGUCCGUGAUCGAGCAGCACGACCGGCGCGAGGCGGUGCGUAAAACCUGGGGCAAGGAGCACACGGUGAAUGGGAAGAAAAUCAAAACUUUAUUUCUUUUGGGGAGCCCCACGACUGGCAAAGACACAAAAAAUCUCCAGAAACUGAUCGAGUACGAGGACAGGAUCUAUGGGGACAUCCUCCAGUGGGACUUCAUGGACACCUUCUUUAACCUCACCCUAAAAGAGGUCAACUUCCUCAAAUGGUUCGACAUCUACUGCUCCGACGUCCAGUUCAUAUUCAAAGGAGAUGAUGAUGUGUUUGUGAACACGCACAACCUGUUGCAGCUCAUCGGCUUCAAAGUGGAGGAGCGCAAAGAUGCCGAGCUGUUUGUGGGGGACACCAUCUCCAAGGCGAUCCCCAUCCGGAACCGGCAGAGUAAAUACUACAUCCCCAAAGAGCUGUACGAUAAGCCAUAUCCCCCGUAUGUCGGAGGCGGGGGGUUUCUGAUGUCCUCCCAGCUGGCCAGGAGGCUCUUCGUAGUCUCGGAGGAUCUGGAGUUGUACCCGAUCGACGAUGUGUUUUUAGGGAUGUGCCUGCAGAAGCUUCACUCGGCCCCGGAGAUGCACCCGGGCUUCAGGACCUUCGGCAUCACCAGGCGCAGGGUGAGCCCCAUGAACAGCGAGCCGUGCUUUUACAAAAACCUCAUCGUGGUGCACAAACUGAGCGCGCAGGAGCUGCUCAGGAUGUGGAGCGUGGUGCACAACGAGGAUCUGAUCUGCGCUCAGAAGGUCUCCAUGUGAUUGUAUUGAAACUAAAUUAAUUCACCAAAGCUGAACUGAAAACACAGGAGACUUGUUUUAAAUUAAU